GCGCUCGCAGGGGGAGCUGCUGCAGGCUCCGCGGCGGCGGCGGCAACGGAGGCUGCGGGGGCGGCGGCGCGAGCGGCCGGGCUUGGGGUGGGAGCCGAGCCCGGCCCGGGAGCCCAAGCAGCCGGAGCGCGGGGUGCCUAGGCCCCUCCCAUUGGACUUCAGUCUCCGGGCCGCCUGACCUCCGCACGGGUAUAUGGGAUGGAAGCGGGACCCUCGGGAGCAGCUGCGGGCGCCUACCUGCCCCCUUUGCAGCAGGUGUUCCAGGCACCUCGCCGGCCUGGCAUUGGCACUGUGGGAAAACCAAUCAAGCUUCUGGCCAAUUACUUUGAGGUGGAUAUUCCUAAGAUCGACGUUUACCACUAUGAGGUUGACAUCAAGCCGGAUAAGUGUCCCCGCAGAGUCAACAGGGAAGUGGUGGAAUACAUGGUCCAGCAUUUCAAGCCUCAGAUCUUUGGUGAUCGCAAGCCUGUCUAUGAUGGAAAGAAGAACAUUUACACUGUCACAGCACUGCCCAUUGGCAAUGAACGGGUCGACUUUGAGGUGACAAUCCCUGGGGAAGGGAAAGAUCGAAUUUUUAAGGUCUCCAUCAAGUGGCUAGCUAUUGUGAGCUGGCGCAUGCUGCAUGAAGCCCUGGUCAGUGGCCAGAUUCCUGUUCCCCUGGAGUCUGUACAAGCCCUGGAUGUGGCUAUGAGGCACCUGGCAUCCAUGAGGUACACCCCUGUGGGCCGCUCCUUCUUCUCACCGCCUGAGGGCUACUACCACCCGCUGGGGGGUGGGCGCGAGGUCUGGUUCGGCUUUCACCAGUCUGUGCGCCCUGCCAUGUGGAAGAUGAUGCUCAACAUUGAUGUCUCAGCCACAGCCUUCUACAAGGCACAGCCAGUGAUUGAGUUCAUGUGUGAGGUGCUGGACAUCAGGAACAUAGAUGAGCAACCCAAGCCCCUCACGGACUCCCAGCGUGUUCGCUUUACCAAGGAGAUCAAGGGCCUGAAGGUGGAAGUGACCCACUGUGGACAGAUGAAGAGGAAAUACCGCGUGUGUAAUGUUACCCGCCGCCCUGCUAGCCAUCAGACGUUUCCCUUGCAGCUGGAGAGUGGACAGACUGUGGAGUGCACAGUGGCACAAUAUUUCAAGCAGAAAUAUAACCUUCAACUCAAAUAUCCCCACCUGCCCUGCCUGCAAGUUGGCCAAGAACAAAAGCAUACCUAUCUGCCCCUGGAGGUCUGUAACAUUGUGGCUGGACAGCGCUGCAUUAAGAAGCUGACUGACAACCAGACUUCAACUAUGAUAAAGGCUACAGCUAGGUCGGCCCCAGACAGACAGGAGGAGAUCAGUCGCUUGAUGAAGAAUGCCAGCUACAACCUAGAUCCGUACAUCCAGGAAUUUGGAAUCAAAGUGAAGGAUGACAUGACGGAGGUGACAGGGCGAGUGCUGCCGGCGCCCAUCUUGCAGUACGGCGGCCGGGUGAGCAGGAACCGAGCCAUUGCCACACCCAACCAAGGUGUCUGGGACAUGCGAGGGAAACAGUUCUACAAUGGGAUUGAGAUCAAAGUCUGGGCCAUCGCUUGCUUCGCUCCCCAAAAACAAUGUCGAGAAGAGGUGCUCAAGAACUUCACAGACCAGCUGCGGAAGAUUUCCAAGGAUGCAGGGAUGCCCAUUCAGGGUCAGCCUUGUUUCUGCAAAUAUGCGCAGGGGGCAGACAGCGUGGAGCCCAUGUUCCGGCAUCUCAAGAACACCUACUCAGGGCUGCAGCUCAUUAUCGUCAUCCUGCCAGGGAAGACGCCAGUGUAUGCUGAGGUGAAACGUGUUGGAGAUACACUCUUGGGAAUGGCAACACAAUGUGUGCAGGUGAAGAAUGUGGUCAAGACCUCGCCUCAGACUCUAUCCAACCUCUGCCUCAAGAUCAAUGUCAAACUUGGUGGCAUUAACAACAUCCUAGUCCCACACCAGCGCUCUGCUGUCUUUCAACAGCCAGUGAUAUUCCUGGGAGCAGAUGUUACACAUCCCCCAGCAGGCGAUGGGAAAAAACCUUCUAUCACAGCAGUGGUAGGCAGUAUGGAUGCCCACCCCAGCCGAUACUGUGCUACUGUGCGGGUGCAGCGACCACGGCAGGAGAUCAUUGAAGACUUAUCCUAUAUGGUUCGUGAGCUGCUCAUCCAGUUCUACAAGUCCACCCGCUUCAAGCCUACCCGCAUUAUCUUCUACCGAGAUGGGGUCCCUGAAGGCCAGCUCCCCCAGAUCCUACACUAUGAGCUGCUGGCCAUUCGUGAUGCCUGCAUCAAACUGGAAAAGGACUACCAGCCUGGGAUCACUUAUAUUGUGGUGCAGAAACGCCAUCAUACACGCCUGUUUUGUGCUGACAAGAAUGAGCGAAUUGGGAAGAGUGGUAACAUCCCAGCCGGGACUACUGUGGACACCAACAUCACCCACCCAUUUGAGUUUGACUUCUAUUUGUGCAGCCAUGCAGGCAUCCAGGGUACCAGCCGACCAUCCCAUUACUAUGUCCUUUGGGAUGACAACCGUUUCACAGCAGAUGAGCUCCAGAUCCUGACAUACCAGCUGUGCCACACUUACGUACGAUGCACACGUUCCGUUUCUAUCCCAGCACCUGCCUACUAUGCCCGGCUGGUGGCUUUCCGGGCACGAUACCACCUGGUGGACAAAGAGCAUGACAGUGGAGAAGGGAGCCACAUAUCGGGACAGAGCAAUGGGCGGGACCCCCAGGCCCUGGCCAAAGCAGUGCAGGUCCACCAGGAUACUCUGCGCACCAUGUACUUCGCUUGAAGGCAGAACGCUGUUACCUCACUGGAUAGAAGAAAGCUUUCCAAGCCCCAGGAGCUGUGCCGCCCAAAUCCAGAGGAAGCAAGGAGGAGGGAGGUGGGGUAGGGAGGAAUGCAGGCCUUGUUUCUUUCUAUAGAUGGGCUAUAAGGGUGGGUAACAGGGCCAGCAAGACAGACCACCAGCCAGAAAUCACUGAUAUCGACCUCAUGUCCUCUGCCUAUCACCCCAUCUUGUCACAUCUGGCCCUGACCCCAUUGGACCAAGAGGGGCAGCACUGGUGCCCACCAUACACACAGGUGUCUCAUGUGACUCACAGUGCUAAAGACUCAUGCUUGACAGCUUGGUAAGGUCAGCUCUGCAGCCCUUCGGACAAAAGCUGGUAGGUUUGAGUUUGAUACUUUAGAUGGAAAAGUGAGGGGCUUGAGAAAGUGGGUGGGAGGAGGGAAGGAUUUUUUAGGAGCCUUAAUCAGAAAAGGUCUAGAUUUGUUUAAGAAGAAAAAUGAAACCAGACCCAGAUCAAUAUUUUAGGAUACUAGAUGUUUUCAUGGGUUCAGGUCCAGUUUGUAGGAAGAUUUUUAAUGCUAAUAAUUUUGGUUGCUCCUCCCCCAGCUGCCACCUCUCCACUCCCCACCUUUGCCCUAUUCUCUCUCUCCAUAUUUUCAACCCCACCUAAUACUUCCUCCCGGACAGACAUCCAGACAUCCACUCCUCCUCCCUUCCCCCUCUAGUAACACUUAAGGCACUAUGGCACUUAGCUCUGAAGUGACACGACCCUGUCUUCCUUCCGCCUGCUGGUGGGUAACCAGUGCCUUCCCUGUAAUGGUAAUGCUGCAGAACUGCAACCUUUUGUACCUUUCUUUGUGGGACUGGGUGGGGGUGGGAGAGGAGGUAGGUGGGGAAGAAAUAUGCCAACCCAACAAGCCUCCAGCCAGAAUGCCAGCUAUUUUCCAUUUGAAGGAAUUGACUUCCGUAUUCAUUGAGCUUUUAAAAAAUCACAACCUCAAGGUGGUUAAAAUCCAUUGACACUUGCACUUUCAGACAUGACAAGUCUCCGAGCUGCUGAGAUGACUGGCCCCUGGCCUUUACUUACACUUCCUCUUUUCCCUUUCCCCACACCUCCCACCCUGCCGGGUCUGGAGUUAUUUUCACUCUUGGCUUCUUUUUCCCGCCCCCCUCGAUGGUCAAGUCUCUUGUGUUUCAAUAUUUCUUAACUGGGUUGUCUUAUAACAGAAGAUCCUUAGGUCUAAAAUAAGAAAAAAAAAAGAAAACAAAAUGUUAUUUUUAUACCAUAACUUGAGUCUAUUGCCAAAAUCUGGAAAUCCCUCCUAUGUCUGAUGAGUUUACAUCCUGGAAACAUUGAGCCAUCAGAAGGAACUAUGUACCUGACUUUUUCUCUGGCCUGGCUAGGUAGGGGGUGGUUAUCUCCCCAAGAUGGGGCUCAGGCUCUGUCCUUCCUCUGUGCAGAUAAUACCUUUUUUUUCUUGCUACAGGUUCCCUCCUUUGCACUGUCCUGCAUUCUUUCCUGCAAGUAUACCUUCCCUUUCUCUGGACUGGACUGUCCUUUGACCCUUUGACUUAUCCCAGAUUCUAGCAUGUCCUGUGGACAGGCUGAGGAAUUUUGCUGCUCCCUAUUGCUUCUGUUUACACAAAUGAAUUUUUCCUGGUUUCCCACUAGGGCAUGUGAGUGGGUGGCAUGGGCUUUUCUUUCUUUCUUUCUUUUUUUUUUUUUUUGUCUUGUGAUACGGGGUUUGGCUGUCUUGCAGGACUAGAGAAGAAGGGAGUUCUACUUGGUCUUUGCUGGCAUUAAGGCAAGGCCUCCUCUUCCCUUGACUGUUUUGUUUUGUUUUUUUUUCUUUUCCUGCACUACUGCUUGGGAUGGGGAGUUUCAACUUCAUUGUGCAAAUUCCUCUUUUUGAGGGACCUGGGCUUGGGUUUAUCCUAUUCUGGUGAUGAAGCCAUUGUACUUUAGACCUAGCCCGGGCUUGGAGCCCAGCUAGAGGAAAGAAGUUCUGAGGCCUGGCCUGUGGAGUUAAAGCUACUUCUUCCUCUUCCCAGCAGCCCUUGUACAGACCCAGAUUUGCUAUGCAAAACAAUCUAUCCCAGGUUCUGUUUUGGUUUGCUACAUUGUUCAGUAACUUAACAGAGUGUAACACAGAUAGUAUGGAGAAAGCAAAAGGACUGUUAAGUCACUCCUCCUGUACUUCUUUCUGCUGGCUACAGCCCCAGGUGGCCCAUGGGAAAAAGCCCAGUGAAGGACAGAAUGAAGGCCCCUAGGUGGAGGCAGCUCACUGGAGAGCCUACAUUCCUUACACAAGUGCCUAAAGAGAGUGAUGCCAACACUCCAUCUGCCCUGUCCAUGGCCUUCAUAUAUAGUCUACUUCAUGUUCUGUCACCUUUUUGGGGAGGAAGCUCUCCUAGGACAAUGGGCUCUGCAUGUUGUCUACUUGGGUACAUUUUGGGCCUUUGAUAAGGGCCCUGUUCCUGGAGGGUCCAAUCAUUCACCAGCAUUCGCAAAUGCCCAUAGGGAGCAGGUGGCAGUCACUACUCCCAGCAACAAUUUUGUGUUCUCUCCUUUUUUCUCUUUGCCUCACUCUCUCCAGUUGGGUUUUAAGCUGGGGCUUAAAAGGCAUUUUUAGUCUUUUGGCAUUGUACAUGCGAUUCAAAGUACAAGCAAGAGAAUGGGCUUGGGCAAUGAAAAGAAAAUAACUUCUUGCUCUGAUUUUUAUUUUUUUAAUGUUUGAGGCUUAAAAAAUACCCCUGACCAUGUUGAUUAUUCUUAGUGAUACAUCACAUUGAAAAGUGGUGUUGGCAGGAAGCUUUAGGAUUGCUUGGAUUUAGUUUAAGUGGUGCUUCUUUCCAAGCUCUGAGGAAGCGCUGGGAGGACCUCAACCUCAUCCUUCUAAAUAGGUUUCUUGUACCUCCCCCCGCCCCUUACUGUUUUAAUUUCCUUUUUGUCUUUUCUCUUUCCCUGGCUUCCUUUUCCUUUUUUCUAUUCACUCAGCUUGCUUGCUGGCUGGCCUGCCUGCCUGUCUGCCUGUCUGCCUGUGUGCUGGUGAAUUCUCUGCAUGGCUGCAAUGAUCCCAACGUUAUUUGGCAAGGUCAGGCUUAGCUCCUCUACUGCAGAAGACCAAGAACCUGUUCCCCAUGCCCAGCGGUGUUAACCUUGGGUUGAACUGUCCAGACUUAUACUAGACAGAGCAGCAGGCCUGCCUAACUGACAUGAAAUUGGAAGGGUUCUGGCAGUUUCCAUACGUAGCCAUUCCUUGGAGCUGGUUUCUCUCAUUGCUUUUUCUAGCUCUGCUUUCUUUUCUCUCUACCCGGGGCCUCCCUUUGCUGAGGAUGUCCUAGGAUCAAACUACUUGGGUAUUCAGGGUUAAAGGGUAAAAAAUGGAGAAGGAAGAGAGUAAAAAGAAGAGAAAGGAGAGUUUGGGUAAAAGAAGGGAAAGGAAAGCACUGCUCUCUGUGCAGUCCAGCACGACCCAUUGGUUGAGGUGCUACUGCUGGCCUCUGGGGUAGAUAAUCCUGGAGCUAAUGUUGCUGGGAACUUACGCUUUGAAGAAGGCUGAAGAGUAUGAAAAGUAUGAAGCCUCCCUAAAAAUCUCCUAGUUCCCAUCUGCUAGAUAGCUCCUCUUUGGUCCUCCUUUUGACUAAGCAGCAGUGAUUUUGAAUAGUUUUCUAUCCAGAUACAUGAAAGAUGCCAGUAUACAUCAUGGGCAGCAAAAGGGACACUUGUUUUCUUAGCUGGCUCACAGGAUAUCUGCAAGGUUAGAAGGACAGUGUUUUAUACUUGGCAUCAUGUAUAACAAAAAGGAAUAAAUGUUCCUUCCCUUUUAGGGUAGAAAAGUCAUCUCAAUCUAGCCAGAAGGCAGUUUUGGGAACUAUGUUGGAGAAAGCUGUUUUUUAUUUAUUUACUGGGCUUAGGUCAACCUAGUAUGGUAGCUCUUCCUUCUUAAAGUCUGAUCAUGGCAGGGAUAUGCAGGGCACUCUUUCCUACUUGGCCUUUUAAGCAGACUGGGGAAGAGGGAUUCUCUGGUUUUCUCUCCUCCCCCUACCCCCUCCACACUUACUAGGACUUGCCUUCUCCCUAGGCUGGGAGUGAGGCUGGGUUGGUGCUCUCCCCAUACUCUACUCCUACUGACUUAGAACCUCUGGCUGCUGUUUGGGAGCCCAAGAAAAGGAGUGGAAGGAAUGGGCUCAGAACAAAAUGGAAUAAUGUAGGGAAGGCAGAUUUCCUUCUUUAAAAAGGAAAAUAGGAAACUCUCCAAGAAUUGUGCAAGUAAAGACAAUGUGUCCGAAUGCACUGAGUCCCCUGGUGUAGUAGCAAUAAGGAAAAAUGAAAUUACUUUCUUGUACACAUAGUCCAACCUGAUUGGUAUGUGAUGUUGCACUUAGCAGCCAAGUGGUGGGCAUGUGUGACUACUCUGGGUUUCACUUUAGUUUCUAAACUUUUUGUCCCUUCAAGUCCAGCAUGGAUGGGGAAAUGUCCCUGGAGCCCCACAGCUGUGUACUUGUUUGCAUUUGUUUCCCUUUGAGACUUGUGUUUGUGUCCUGCUUUGAGCUGUACCUUGUCCAGUCCGUUGUGAAAUUAUUCCAGCAGCUGUAAUGUACAGUUCCUUCUGAAGCAAGCAACAGCAGCAGCACAAUUCUGUGUUUUAUAAAGACAACAGUGGCUUCUAUUUCUAAAUUGCAGUCUCUCUCUUUUUUUCCUACCAGAAAAAUAAACUGUUGGAAUUAAUUACAUCUCUGAUAGGUUUUAGGAUGGAAUAAUAAUAGAUU